AUGCCGUGUUUUUAUUUAUUUAUAGUAACUGGACCAUUAUCAGAGAUACAAAUAGCAUAUAUGUGUCGAGAGACCCUUACUGGUUUAGCUUACUUACAUAGCAUGGGCAAGAUGCAUCGUGAUAUUAAGGGUGCCAAUAUAUUGUUGACCGAAGCAGGUGAUGUAAAAUUGGCAGACUUUGGCGUGUCGGCACAGAUUACCGCAACAAUUAACAAAAGAAAGAGCUUUAUUGGUACACCUUAUUGGAUGGCUCCUGAGGUAGCAGCCGUGGAAAGAAAAGGUGGUUAUAAUCAGUUGUGUGAUAUUUGGGCAUGUGGAAUAACCGCGAUCGAAUUGGCAGAAUUGCAGCCACCGAUGUUCGACCUGCAUCCAAUGCGCGCCUUGUUUCUCAUGUCCAAAUCAGGCUUCAAGCCACCGACAUUGAAAGAUCGCGAUAAAUGGAGUCCAACAUUUCAUAACUUCGUCAAAAUCGCCCUCACAAAAAAUCCGAAGAAACGACCGACGGCAGAAAAGUUGCUUCAGCAUGCAUUUUUCCAAGGGGAGAUGAGCAAGAGACUGGCAUUAGAAUUAUUGCAAAAAGUAUCAAAUCCCAGCCAUAUGUUUACGGAUCUGGAAGCUGAUGAAGAUGGGGCAGUGCCCAAUGUUCCACAAAGAAUAGCCUCGCGUCACACCGCAAGGCCUAGGCCGAAAAGUCCUAUAUCACAGUUGGAUAGUGAUGAUCAAAUUAACAUUGAUGGAGGAACAUUACAUAGAGAUUCCAUAUCACCAUCCCUAGACAGCAAUCCAGCAUGGGAUAUUAUGGAUAUCAUGAAUAAUGUCAAGGCCGUACAUAAUUGUGAUCUGCAUCCGGACUGUGGAGUUGCAUCUGCGUUUGAAGAUGUCCAGGAAAAGAGUCUAUUGCAGUACAUUGAUGAGGAGUUGUUGCUAAGGGGGAAUGCAAUGUCGAUGGUUGGUGGGCAUUGCGACCAGCUAUAUUCCCUGCAAGCUACUCUUCCACUAGGGGAAUCUUCAAAUGACUGCGAGGUCCAUUGUCCGUAUUACAAUGUGUCCGGGUCUCAAGCAAGCCCCAGACGUCACAACUCUGUGGAUAAAUUAUACUCGUCAAUAGGUAUCCUCAAUAAUUCUCAGACCUUAACAGCUGUGAAUGGGCAACGUCAACGAUCAUUAUCGGACAGCGGCCCUAGGGACGAGCCCGCACAGUCAAACGGUGAUAAUGAAGUAUCGGCCGAUCGAGAUAGAGAAAGUAUGAGUCCCGACUUACUUUCUGACACGCCGCCCGUCCCACCAAGGAGAAGGGAUCGAAAGAGACAUACGCCACCGAGACCCAUAAGUAAUGGACUGCCUCCCACACCAAAGGUGCACAUGGGAGCGUGUUUCUCAAAGGUAUUCAACGGCUGUCCAUUGAGAAUACAUUGCACCGCAAGUUGGAUUCAUCCAGAUACGAGGGAUCAACAUCUGCUGAUUGCAGCGGAGGAAGGAAUAUAUAAUUUGAACUUAAACGAACUUCAUGAGACUGCAAUAGAUCAGUUGUAUCCUAGACGUACUAUCUGGAUGUACGUUAUCAAGGAUGUUCUUAUGUCUCUUUCUGGAAAAACACCACAGUUGUAUAGGCACGAUUUGUUAGCGAUGUUGAGUAAACAGACUCAUAGAUUUUCAUUGCACAUGAAUAAAAUACCAGAGAGAUUAGUCCCCAGAAAGUUUGCCCUAACUACGAAAGUGCCGGAUACGAAAGGUUGUACCAAAUGUUGUGUCGGAAGGAAUCCAUAUAAUGGGUAUAAGUACUUGUGUGGAGCAAUGCCAGCGGGUAUAUUUCUAAUGCAAUGGUACGAUCCAUUGAACAAAUUUAUGCUUUUAAAACACUUCGACUGCGUUCUACCAUCGCCUCUAAAUGUUUUUAAAAUGGUGAUCACACCUGAGAUGGAAUAUCCGAUGGUAUGUGUAUCGGUUAAACAGCCAUAUCAGCAGAACAAACUGAAGCUGGAUUUAAUUAAUAUGAAUUCGGGAGCGAGUUGGUUCCACAGUGAUGAAUUGGAAGAUAUGGAUGGCUCAGCGACUGUGAUACCAAGACGAGAAAACUUGAACGUUAUUAACGUUACGCAAUUUGAGAAAGAUGCAAUACUCGUCUGUUAUGAUAAUGUAGUGAAAAUGGUAACUUUACAAGGGAAACCUCGUGUUAGCAAGAAGCAGCUGUCAGAACUGCAAUUUAAUUUUCAAAUCGAGUCCAUCAUUUGUCUACCUGAUAGUGUACUGGCAUUUCACAAGCAUGGUAUGCAAGGUAGAAGUUUCAAGAAUGGUGAAGUUACACAAGAGAUUAGUGAUCCGAGUAGAACCUACAGGUUACUUGGCUCAGAUAAGGUUGUGAUGUUGGAGAGUCACUUGGUUCACAGUGGCACAUUGACUGAAUCGGAAGGAGCGGAUUUGUACAUUCUCGCUGGACAUGAGGCCAGCUAUUAAGCGUCCUAAAUAACGAAGCAUGCGACCGUACGCUGCAUGGUCAUGCACGAUUUGUGAUUGAACUGCAUAUAAUGUGAAACGGCUACGAGAACGGUGAGAUUAAAGUACGCGGGGUAAAAAACUUUACAAUUAAUUAUGUCACCGCGAGCGUGCAUUGUGCACAAUCGGUAUGCAAUUCAAAUACUGCGAUAAUCGCCGCUAUAGUCGAGAAUGCAUAGACUGGUAGUUACUUUCGAUGAUUUUCUUUUUAAUGAGAGUUUUAGGAGUAGACAGUUCUUUCACUAGAUACGAGUAAAAUUCUAAUGGAGAGGAAUAGCGAAUUUGAUGGGAAGACAAAGUUAAAAGGGUAUAUAUAAUUGUCCUUAUGCCUGAUCAAAUGAAGCCAAUAACAGUUGCAUUACUUCAAGAGGUAUUAAGGCGAUUACUAGUUUAUUUAGCUAUAUAUGCAUAAACUACGCUCUUAUAAAUUGUAGGACUAGAAAAAGAAAUCUAUAUAUAAAACGUAAUCUCGAGAAUAGGUCUAUCUGAAGAGUUGUGAAAAUGAUGAAUACGGUAUUGAAUGGUCCAAAAUAGUUCGCCAUAUUAAUGCGUCAAAGUAAAUAAUACAACGAUGUGAUAUUUCUUCUCAAAUUCGUCUUUCCACACUAAUCUCUACAACGAUUACAUAAUGAAUAAAACAGAAUGAUCUAUUUCCGAGAUUUGGAUUUUAUUUUAAAUAUUUUUGACAAUAGAUGCGUGAUUUUACAGAAGCAUAUUUUAUGCGAAAUGUUCUUCGCGUUCUAUUCUGAUGUUUCAAUAUAUAUAUAGUAAAAUUAGCUAGCAUACCGCCUUAACGCAAGAGAAGUUGCACCGCGUCGUUUUAAACCAUCGUGAAUCUAGUGAAACUCUUGCGGUAUUGUACAGAUUAUACAGUAUAGUUUCAAGUUUUAUCUUUCUAGAACCGCGUUAUAUUCUAUAGCUUUUGACCUUCGAGAACCGUUUAAUCAAUAAUAGCGCAUUUAGAAUAGAAUAAGAGUUCAAUCUUUGUAUUUUUAACGAUUGCGAGAUUAUUAGACGAGACGAUAUUUAUAUUCUUACAGAAAUGAAUGAUUGCGUAGUUUUCGAAGGUUAAAGCGCUAUCGCUUCAUCCUUGAUUGGAAUGUCCAAAUACGUUUUAAUAGGACAGACAUGUCAAGCCCUUUGUCGUGGACUAUGG